AUGGCUCAUUGGCAUGGGCUAGCUAAGCUCAGAAUGCAUUCUGAUCUCACCCUCGAGAUCAUGGACCACGUGACGUCAGCGCUCGGCCAACAGUUUUGCCAAUUCAAGGCCACAGUUUGUGAUGCUUACGAGACCCACGAGCUCGGCCAGGAAGUCAGGUCUCGUGCCCGACGCCGUGCGAAGAAGGAGGCGAACCAGGAAGGGCAUAAAGGCACAAGACCUACUUGUGUCGUAGGGCAACCGGAGGUGGAUGACUCGAAGGUGUCAGCCAAGAAUGUGAAACGCACCAAGGCAUUCAAAUUUCAAACAUACAAAUUUCACGCGUUGGGAGACUAUGUGUCUACUAUUCGCCGGUAUGGAACAUCUGAUUCCUAUAGCACUGAACCGGGCAAACUCAAACACCGUUCUCCCAAGGCAAGAUACCGUCGUACUGAUCGCAAAUCUUUUGUUAAACAGCUGACUCGGAUUGAGCGCCGUCAGAAUCACAUUCGUCGUAUUGGUGACACUGUUGUUCAUCGCCCCUAUGUCGAAAUUUCCGAGGUAGCAAGAAGUCCUCAAGCUCAUCAUCAUAUUGGCCUCACACAAAAGUACCCUGUACAUAUAGGAUCAUACUUAAUUAGCCACCCCGGUGAUCCAGCCAUAGAAAACUUUGUUCCGAAACUGAAGGAACACCUCUUACGUCGAAUAAAUACCUCCAAAGGCCCUCCAGGAGUCGAAGACGAACAUGAUAUAAAUACAAUUAUCCUGAAGGACGAUUGCAUGUAUCAACAUAAUAUCGCUAGAUUCAACUACACAACCUAUGAUGUCCGAAGAGCCCAGGACAUUAUCAACCCAAGGACUUCACAUUGUAACAUUAUGGUGCUCCACUCCGACGAUGAUAUGGGGUGCCAGGGUCACAGGUACAUCUACGGCAAGGUACUAGGCAUAUAUCACGUCGAUGUCAUAUUCAUCGGACAUGGUAUGAUCGACUACACUCCAAUCCGAAUGGAGUUCCUGUGGAUUCACUGGUACGAGCCCAUGAAUGAAGUGUCUGCCUGGGAGACUUCAACCUUAGAUCGAGUCAACUUCCCGCCCCUGACGAAUGAACACUCAUUUGACUUUCUUGAUCCCGCAGAUGUUCUUCGGGGCUGUCACAUCAUUCCUCGUUUCGCCAGAGGCAAGAGACGUGUUGAUGGAUCGGGUGUGUCGGCAUGUGCGGGGGAUAAAGAUGACUGGCGCAAAUACUAUGUUAAUCGGUUUGUUGACCGUGAUAUGCUUAUAUGUUUUCACUUCGGGCUUGGCAUUGGACAUGUGUAUUCUCACCAUCGCGCCACGCAAGUUGAACUUCAACGAGAAGACAUUGCCUUACAUGCAUCAUUUAAUGAUGAUAUGGAAGACCCCGCAGACGACGUGGAAAUAGAUUAUGGUAGUAAUGAAAGCGAUGGUACCGACAGCGGAUUAAACAUUGAGCAGCCGUUCAGUUCCAAUAAAUCACUACUAAACCAAUUUGAUGAGAUGUAUGAUGGCGAGGUAGAAUUAGAUUACGAAAACUAG